AUGCCGCCCGAGGUUAGCCGCGAGGUCUCGACUUCCGAGGCCACGCGGUGGGCGAGCAGUAUCGGAAUCCCCGUCACCAUGGAGACAAGCGCUUUCACGGGAGACAACGUCGACGAGAUAUUCGGCCGGCUAGCACGCAUGAUCCUCACAAAGAUCGAGCUCGGCGAGAUCGACCCCGACGACCCCAUGAGCGGCAUCCAGUACGGUGAUAACUACGGCGGCGGCUGGAACGCCGGCGCCAGUGACGGAGCGAGCAUCAAGAGUUCCAUGACGGGCGGGACCAUUGACGACAUUGGCGCUGGCGCCAGGAGGAGGCGGAAGACCUCGUCCGGCUUCCGAGGGUGGCACUUCAAGCAGGUCGACAAAGAAUCCUCCGAGUACCUCCCCGUCGCCCAGUUCCCUACAAACGUGCAUCUCGACCUCCUCCACCACAAGCUCAUCCCCGACCCCUUCAUUGGAAAAAAUGAGCUUGAGGUUCAAUGGGUCGGCGAGGCCGUGUGGUCGUACCGUACCACCUUUGCUUCUCCUGCCGACGUGCCCGAGGGCGCCCAGAUUAUCCUCGCUUUUGAUGGCCUGGAUACCUUUGCGACAGUGAAGCUCAACGGUGAAGUUAUCCUCGAGACGGAAAACAUGUUUAUCCCCGAGAGAGUCGAUGUCACGGGCAAGCUCAAGACCGAAGCCGACAAUGAGCUUGAAAUUACGUUUGACAGCGCCUACCUGAGGGGCUGCCAACUCGUUGACAAGCACCAUGAGCAUAAAUGGGGCUGCUGGAAUGGUGAUGUAUCCAGGUUGGCUGUGCGCAAAGCUCAAUAUCACUGGGGAUGGGAUUGGGGCCCGACUCUCAUGACAUGUGGCCCGUGGAGGCCCAUCAACAUCGAGGUCUAUGACUCAAGGAUAGAAGAUCUCUUCUUUGAGACCGAGGUUGACCCUGAGACGAAGACGGCAAAGGUCACCGCAAUUGCCCGCACUGAGGGUCCCGCAUCCAAGGUCCGCUUCGAUAUCUCUUUCGACGGCGCGUCCGUCGCCUCCGAGACUGCUGAAGCAAUUGCCGGCAUCGAUACCAAGGUAGACUUUACCAUCAACGAUGCCAAGCUGUGGUACCCCAUCCGCUACGGUGAACAGCCCCUUUACGCCAUCACCGCCACUCUUCUCGCCAACGAUAACGAGGUGGAUACUCUCUCGAAGCGGACAGGCUUCCGAAAGGCAGAACUCGUCCAGCAGCCCCUCGAAGAGCAGCCAGGAACCAGCUUCUUCUUCCGGAUCAACGGAAUUCCCGUCUUUUGCGGCGGAAGCGACUGGAUCCCCGCUGAUAACUUUAUUCCCCGCAUCACACGCGAAAGCUACCGGAACUGGAUUCGAUUACUCGCCGACGGCAACCAAUUCAUGGUCCGUGUUUGGGGAGGCGGUAUCUACGAGGAAGCAGCCUUUUAUGAGGCCUGCGACGAGUUUGGUGUUCUUGUCUGGCAGGACUUUAUGUUUGGCUGUGGCAACUACCCUGCCUGGCCCGAGUUGCUCAAAUCGAUUGAGCGUGAGGCCACUGCCAAUGUUAAACUUCUCCGACACCACCCCUCCAUCGUUAUCUGGGCUGGCAACAACGAGGACUACCAAUACCAAGAAAGCGAGAACCUCACCUACGACUUCGACAACAAGGAUGCCGAGAGCUGGCUCAAGACAGACUUCCCCGCCCGCUACAUCUACGAAAAGAUCCUCGAUGACGUCUGCAAAGAGCAUAUUCCUGGCACCUUUUACCAUUAUGGUAGCCCCUGGGGCGGCAAGGAUACCCGAGACCCCACAGUCGGUGAUAUUCACCAAUGGAACGUCUGGCACGGUACGCAAGAAAAGUACCAAAACUUCGAUACCCUUGUCGGCCGUUUCGUUUCCGAGUUCGGUAUGCAGGCCUUUCCCUCGGUCAAGACCAUUGACCAAUACCUGCCACUCGGUCGAGACGACCCCGACCGCUACCCUCAGUCAUCCACGGUUGACUUCCACAACAAGGCGGACGGUCAUGAGCGCCGCAUCGCGCUUUACCUCCUGAUGCAAGCCGAAUGUCUCGCGUCGGCCUACCGCCUCUGGAAGCGGCAGUGGAAGGGACCCAACCGCGAAUACUGUGGCGGCGCCCUCGUAUGGCAGAUUAACGACUGCUGGCCCGUCACUAGCUGGUCUAUCUGUGACUACUAUCUCCGCCCCAAGCACGCCUACUACACGGUCAAGCGCGAGAUGGCCUCCCUUAGCGUCGGCAUCACCCGCCGCGAGCACCGCCACCCGCGCGAUAAGCACACCCGCGUGUAUAUUGACACCAAGACCCAGAUCGAGAUUUGGGGAUCCAACCUUGCUCUGGAGGACAUCACUGUUGACUGCGUCGUCAAGGCCUGGAACGUUGAAACUGGCGAGGAGACGUACAACGAGACGACGCACAAGGACCUUGUCCUCCCCGCCAACCGAUCAACGGAGAUUGUCGCUCUCGACGUGCCCGUCAAGAACAAGGGUGAUGAGGCGCGGACGGUGGUCGCGGCUUAUCUUUACCGGGGAGAGGAGAAAUUGGCGCGCUACGUCAACUGGCCGGAACCCCUCAAGUACCUGCACCUGCAGAAGCCCAAGGAGCUCGUUGCCAAAGUAGUAGAGGGUGGGGCCAAGGUAGAGAUUAGCGCCGAAGUGCCUGUCAAAGCCGUGGCGUUGGAGACUGAGGAUGAUGCUGUUGUGUUUGAAGAUAACCUUGUAGAUAUAGUGCCUGGGGAGGUUGUCACCAUUGUCGCUAACGGUGUUAGUGAGGGGACGGUGAUCACGACAAGGUAUCUCAGCAUGUUGAGCUAG